AUGAGCGCUAUUCUCUCUGCCGAUGAUCUUAAUGAUUUCAUAUCCCCUGGAGUGGCAUGUAUAAAACCAGUAGAAGGUCCAAGUGAAGGUGCUGGCAAUGCUGGUGAAGUGGAAAUCCAAAUUGAUGAAAACGGAGAUCCGCUCGAGAUAUCUAAGAUUGAUGGUAAAGUCUCUACUCUUUCUGCCGCACAAAUUUCUUUGGCAGACUGCCUUGCUUGCUCGGGGUGUAUCACGUCUGCAGAGGAAGUGCUAGUUGCCCAGCACAACCACGACCAGCUUUUAAAGGCUCUUACAGAAGGGACAAAAUCUUUCGUUGUGAGCAUAUCACAUCAAUCUAGGUCUUCAUUAGCCCAUGCGUUUGGUUACUCCAUCGAAGAAAUGGACCGGCUAUUAGUGAACUUCUUCCAGUACCAGUUGGGAUUCAAGUUUGUUGUUGGCACUGCUCUUGGCCGCAAAUUAUCUCUUCUUCAAGAAUCACAUGAAUUAAUGCAGAGAAAAAAAGACACCAUUACUGCACCAGUCCUCUCCUCAAUUUGUCCCGGGUGGGUUUUGUACGCUGAGAAGACUCAUCCAUAUGCUUUGCCCUACAUGUCUCAGGUGAAAUCGGCCCAGCAAAUUACGGGAUGCAUCCUAAAGAGUUUGGCUGCUGAGGAAUUAGGAAUUCCGCGUGAAAAUGUGUAUCACUUAUCAAUCAUGCCAUGCUUUGAUAAAAAGCUUGAAAGCGCUCGUCCUGAGGCGAGCUCUGAACUUGAGGCAUCUGACGUCGACUGUGUCUUGACUGCGAAAGAGUUAGUUAAUCUCAUCGAGAGCUCAGAGUACAACUUGAUCCCCAAAGAGGGACUCGCAUCCGUUCCUGAUAUGCCCGUCACUGAUCUCUACAACUCAUGUGCCCCUGAGAUGUGGCCUUUCAAAGACCUAUCAUGGGCAAAUGAUUCGGGAUCUCAAUCCGGUGGAUACGCACAUAAUUAUUUGGGGAUAUACAAAAAUCAUCUCAUGCAUACGGACCCGAACAAGUACACGGAGGAGGGAUUUUGUGUACGGACGAUUGAAGGCAAAAAUUCCGACAUUUAUGAGAUGCGGCUUAUGCAUAAAGAUGAAAAGGUUGCAUCUGCCGCGGUGGUGAACGGUUUUAGAAACAUCCAAAAUCUUGUGAGAAGGCUCAAGCCAACACCUGGUGGAAUCAAGCCCACAAAGGCGAAUCCUCUUGUAGCCAGACGACGUGCACGUGUAGCUGGAAAGGCCAGCUCAUCGACUAGCGGAGAUGAGACGGCGGAUGCUUCGAAAUGCGACUACGUGGAGAUCAUGGCAUGUCCCAAUGGCUGUAUCAAUGGCGGAGGCCAGAUUUCAAGUCCACAGCCGAGUCUGGAAAAAGAGUGGCUUAAUCAGGUCAAGGAUGUUUACGAUAAGAUUAAGAUGAUAGACAUUUCGUCAAACCAUAACGCUGACAUCACAGAGCAGUUAUUGUCAUGGUGCACGAAAUUCAGCGACGAUGCUGGCAUCUCGCAGUCGAGACUUUACCACACUUCAUUCAGUGAAGUAGAGAAACCCACCGAUCCAAAUUCGAUAUUGUUGGGCGCUAAAUGGUAG